AUGCUGCCGCGAGCCGAUUUUCGACUCGAUCGUUCUUUGCUUGCCGACAUCUCAGAAAAGGAGCUUCUCAAAUCGUCGACUCGAUCAUCGGAAAGCGAAAGCUCAACCGCGUCCACUGAUUCGAAUCACUUGAAUGGUUUGGCGAUUUGGCGAUGGCGCGACAGGGGGCUGCAGCGAUUGUGCUUGGCUUUGGGCUCUCAUCCAUUGCUGAGUCUGCUCUGCAUUUUCGUUUUUCUUUCACCACUUCACUCAUUCUAUUUCUUCAAUCCUCUUCAAAUUGAGAGUGACGUGCGGCGAGGGUUUGCGCAAAGAGAUGGCAGAUCAGCUGCCGAAUUCAAGACUUUCGCCGACUACUAUCAUCUACCAUUCGAGGGAUUGGAGAUUUGGGUGAUUUUAGCGACGCCGAAACGCAAUUCGAACGAAACAACGAUUACAGUUGACGGGGAAUUGUUUGACGAGAUUACUCGUCUUGAUGCCUUUGUGCGAAACUUUAGCACAUCUUUCAAGGAGAAUGAGACAACGAAAUUUGACGAAACGUGGAGUGGAGAGGAUUUGAAUGCAAUGCUGGGAUAUGUAAAGCAAAUCCAUCCCCUCGUCGGCCUCGUUCCCAAUUUCAAUCUCAACUAUCCGAUUGCCCAAAUUUCUCAUCACAAACUCCAUUUGGCCACUCAUUUUUUCAUGGUUAACGACGGGUUAAGCGUUGGAAACAAAAAUGUACCAAUGAAAACGAGUCGCUUCAUCGCACUUUGGUAUAUGAGCAAAGCCGAGAACUAUACGCAAAGGAAGAAAUUGGAAGCCAUCGAGUUAGGUCUCUUCAACGAGUUUCUCGGUGAUAAUUUCAGUCAACGCUUCAGCAUUGAGAUGUUCGGGGAUCAGGUAGCGAACGCGGAAAUGCUUCGCGGCACGUUGCUCUCUCUGAAGCUCUUCAUCCUUGGCGGUGUUUUAAUGGUGAUGUUUAUGCUGGCAAUGCUUCGACAUUUGACAUGGAAGAGUCGAAUCUUGAUGACAAUCGGUGCUGUGCUUUCCCCAAUGUUGGCCACUCUAUCCACUUUUUCUCUACUCGGUUGGCUGGGUGUUCGCGUGAAUUCGAUGAUGUGCAUCACACCGUUUUUAGUGCUCGGCAUCGGAGUCGACGACGCUUUCCUCUUGCUUCAUCAAUGGCGGAAAGUGAGGAAAGAAAGAUGCCAUCUUAGAGCAAAUGAAGUUCUCGAAAUGAUCUUCCAUCACGUCGGUCCAAGCAUGGCUGUUACAUCAAUCACAAACACGCUCGCUUUCGGCAUCGGUAUCAGCAAUCCGUCUCCGCAGAUGAGCACUUUCUGCCUUGGCACGACUCUUGCCGUUUUCCUCGAUCUCAUCUACGAGUUUGCCAUUUUCACUCCAAUCAUGGUGUUGUUCUUUGACGAAAAAAAGGAAACGAAAAAUGUGGAGAAUGAAAUGAAAUGGCUCCCCACCUGGGCCCACCUCGUCGACGUGUUCUAUUCUCCAAUUGGCCGUCUACUAAUCGUUCUCAUUUGUUGUGUGAUGUACACAAUGGCCGGGAUUGGUCUCUCCCAAAUGGUUCCCUCGUUCGAGCCGGCAAAGACUUUCCCGGCAGACUCUGAGUUGAUCCACGCUUUGCGAUCUUUCGAAUUUAUUCAAACUGAGUAUUGGCCAGUCAAUUACAUUACGAAAAAAGUGCCAAAAACUUGGAAAGAAGUCGAGGAAUGGGAGGAGAUGUUGAUCAAGCUUGAAACUCGGGAUCAUUGCUAUGGGUCGACGAGGCGAAGCGCUAACUUUCUACGCGAUUUUUACGAGGGAGAAUGCAAAGCGAUCAAAAGGCACAAA